AACCUGAUGAAAGGAAGCAAUAUUGUUCCCAAGUCACAUGUUACUAAAGGGAAGAAGGUCGUGGGAGUCGACCCUGAUUCGUAUCAACCAAUUAUGACCAGUGCCUCAAAAGAAGUUCAACAGGGCAUUAAGGAACACCUGGCCAACAUCAAAUUAUUAGAGACUGAUGAAAUAGACUGGCCUCUCAUAAUUAAAAAUAUGAAAGAAACUUAUGAACUACAGAGGGAGCAAAUUGUACUUGGUACAGUUAAAAUGACAAAACAAGCUGAUGACCCGGAUGACGACCUGCAUGAGCAGAAAUUGCUCACAAAGCUAAAGGAAGAGUGGCCUUUUUUAUUCGAAAUGCAAUGUUUAGAAGUUCAUCAUAGAACACUCACCAAAAGAGACUUGGCCCAAAAGAUGAAGACAUUCAUAGAUGAAUUAAUGGAUAUAUCUCUUGCUUUUAUGACGACUUCCACCAAGUGCAACGUGGACAACUUUAUCAUCCGGAUGAAAUUGGAACUUAAGUAUGACGCAAUUCCCACUGAUCUCAAACUUAUUUCCUUCAUCCACAUGGUUGCAAAUCAUUUCGGGGAGAGCUUUGAUCAGCUCUACCUUCCUGCUGAGAGAACAUGUCAGCCAGCAGAACUUCCUCACACAAUUCUGGAGGAAAAGAAAGAUCCAUGUGUAGUGGCCUUGGAUAGCAACAUAUAUGCCGCACAAAAGUAUUUUGUUUGCGCUGAUCAAGUACCAUUGGUAGAAGUCAGCAACCCAAAGGAUGCUUUUAUAGCACUAGUGGAAGUGUGCUUUGUGUUCGAUCUUGAAUAUCCACCUAUGCUGCCACUCACCAUGGAAUUUUUUGAGCGGUAUGUUUUUGAUAUGGGUGUGCUUGACACCAAAUGCAAGAAGAAAGGAAGACAACUUAUAGUUAUAUCUGAAGCAGUAAAAAAAUUGAUAGCAAGCUUAGAAGAGUUUGGUGAAAUUAGAACUGAGUGA